AUGGCUAUUGCGAAAUCCUCGUCCAUACUCAUCAUUGGGGCAGGAACUUGGGGUACAUCCACUGCCCUCCAUCUGACUCGCCGGGGAUACACCAAUGUCACAGUCCUCGACCCUUAUCCAGUGCCGUCCUCGAUCUCCGCUGGCAACGACAUCAACAAGGUGAUAUCUUCCGGACAAUACAGUAACAGAAAGGAUGAAAUCGAAGUCAAUGAGAUCCUUGGUGACCAAGCAUUUGAGGGAUGGACGAAGGAUCCCCUCUUUCAACCGUAUUACCAUGACUCGGGCCUAUUAAUGUCCGCCUGCACUCCAAAUGGUCUCGAUCGACUGGGAGUGCGUGUUAGACCGGGAGACAGCUCUAAUCUGGUAGAAAUCUCUACACCUGAGGAAUUUCGAAAGCUGGCUCCUCCCGGAGUGCUCCAAGGUGAGUUUCUGGGAUGGAAAGGAUAUUUUGCCAAGUCAGGUGCAGGGUGGGCUCAAGCUCGAGACGCUCUUGUUGCAGCAGCUCGCGAAGCCCAACGCCUCGGAGCCAAAUUUGUGACGGGCAAUUCCAAAGGCAAAGUAAUUACUCUCAUAUUCGAGAACAAUGAUGUGAAGGGCGCUGUUACUGCGGAUGGCAAAAUUUGGCAUGCGGAGCAAACGAUCAUGUGUGCCGGUGCAAGCGCUGGACAGUUCCUCGAUUUCAAACAACAGCUACGUCCGACAGCCUGGACAUUGGUUCAUAUCAAGCUAAGACCAGAGGAGCGUGCCCUUUACAAGGAUAUGCCUGUGAUCUUCAACAUCGAAAAAGGCUUCUUCUUUGAGUCAGACUCCUCUGGCGAGAUCAAGAUUUGCGAUGAACAUCCCGGAUAUGUCAAUAUGGUGCAGUUUGAGGAUGGGUCAGUUCGCAGUAUACCGUUUGAAAAGACGCAGGUCCCGAAGCAAUCCGAAGUCAGAAUCAGGGCACUGCUUAGGGAGACUAUGCCACAAUUGGCAGACCGUCCUUUCAGUUUCGGAAGGAUUUGCUGGUGCGCUGAUACCGCUAAUCGCGAGUUUAUCGUCGACCGCCAUCCCUCACACCCUUCUCUUAUUCUCGGCUGCGGUGCUUCUGGUAGAGGUUUCAAGUAUCUCCCAUCAAUUGGAGGCCUUAUUGUGGAUGCAAUGGAGAACAAAGUUCCCCAGAAAAUCCAUGAGGUUAUCAAAUGGGAUCCUGAAUCUGCAGUGAACAGGAACUGGAAUGACACCUUGGGAAGAUUCGGGGGCCCUAACACCGUCAUGGACUUCAAAGAAGUAAAGGAAUGGACAAAUCUAGAGCCGAGAAACAUCUCAAAGUUGUAA